GUGAGGUCAUAUGUCAAAGGUGACAAAAGCACCUAUUUAUCAAGUUACUUUUGAGUUUGUACUUCGAUCUCUCGUCCGUAGUGUAUAAUACUUGGUUCUCUUUCGUUGGUUGUUGUUCUCGUUUAUUGGUAUUGAUUCAGGGAAAGAUGCUCUGCAAGUUUACUCGGAAUUGUUUGAGAUUGGCAAGGAGACUGGAUUGCAAAUCGAAAGAACCGAAAGUCAACAAAAGGGCCCAUAUGCAAGCUUGGUCAGAAAUUAGACAGAAGAGUGACAAAACACGAGAUCAUUUAACACGUACUAAACAUAGUUUUCGACAAGAACAGAUCAUGAAUGCCACAGUCGUUGAUAUUGAAAAAUUAUCACCUACAGUGAGAGGAAUUAAGAUGAGUGUAUCAACAGGUUAUCAAAAUGGAAAUUUCAAGGCUGGACAAUGGGUUGACAUGACUAUACCAGGAAUUUCCACAGUUGGGGGAUUUUCAAUUUGCAGCUGUCCAAAUGAUCUAGAACAACAUGGUAUAUUGGAAUUUGCUGUCAAAUAUUCUGAUCAUCCUCCUGCAAAAUGGAUACAUGAACAGUGUCAUGUAGGUUCAACUGUCAGUUUGUGCUUUGGUGGAGAUUUCUAUCAUGAUCCAGUAGCCGAAAGAGAUGAAAAUUUAUUGCUAAUAUCAGGAGGAGUCGGAAUCAACCCCAUCUACUCAAUUUUAAGAGAAAGAAGUGCUUUUCUCAGACAAGAUCCUCAAAGGUACUCCGGUAAUAAAAUCUCAACAAUGCUGCUAUACUGUGCAAGGACAGCAGAGGAACUACUAUUUAAGGAUGAAAUUCAACACAUCUGCAGAAUAACACCAAACACAGAAUAUGAACUAUUCGUCACUCAAGAAAAUAAAUUACAGCAAAUAGAAGAUGAAAUUCCUAUUCAUUAUGGACGAAUAUCACAAGAUCAUUUACAAAGAACGGUGAAUUCCUUUCAGAAGAGUCCACUGUGUUAUAUAUGCGGUCCACCUGGUUUUAUUGAUGCAACAGUAGUUAAAUUAGAAAAUUUAGGGCUUCACAGUGAUAAUGUUAAAUAUGAGAAGUGGUGGUGAGACCAUUUACAUUAUGAAACAUAUCUAUAAAUUCAAACUUCUGUGGUAUUCUAGCAUCCAAUUUGGUUAGUGUUUGGUAAAAAAGUUUUGCAGUUGUCAAAUCUCGAUCCUCUAAGUCGAUGUAUGAAUUUGGCACAUAUUCAGUUUUGGAUUGAAAUAUUAUCAAUUCAUUUGGAUCCGUUUCAAUUGCUUCUUCAACCGUUUUAUGCCCAGACUCGUUGCAUGUGAACUGAAACAAAUUGUUGAAUUUUAUGCAAUAUAGUAUUUAUAUGUGCAAAGAUGUAUCUAUGAAAGGGAUAAGUGAAGGGUUGUUGUUUAAUAUAAUAAGGGAAUUAUCCAAGU